AGAUUUUGGGGGUUAGCCUGUAGACGUAGCCAUGGUAGCCUGUAUCAUCAUGCCUGCCUGGCAUGCACAUCCCUCAUUCACAUGCCAUACGACACUUAAGAACUUCUUAAGUGUCAUAUUGUCAGGAUACAGUUACAGUAGACCUACUUGCAUUUUAGCAUUGUGACGGUGCCAGGCCCAAAGGCAAGGCGCACACUAAAAAGUGAAAAAAAUAUCGACAUAUCUUAUAGGACAGAACUUAGUGAUGGACCGUGAGUCACUGAGCCGAGACUGAGUGCGACAUCGUCGUCGCAAGUUGCCAAAAUUGACACAUAGAAACUUUUGGCCGAUGUCUGCCUGGCGAUGACCUUUAAUGCCAGUAUCAUCUCAAUGUGACGAUAGAUUGGAAACCAGUGGCACUCCGGAAUAAGUAUGGAAUUGUGGGUAAAUGACCAGCUCCAUGAACUCCUCGGAAUAUCUGAUCGUCACAUCUCUCAGUAUCUCAUAGCCCUUGGUCGUAAGGCGACAACGAAAGAUGACUUUGUGCAGAAACUUAGGGAUACAGGGACAGUUGAUGUUGAUGAGAAAAUGGCCAAGUUUGCCAAGGAAUUGUUUUCCAAGAUCCCUCAUAAAACUGUCGCCGAAAAACCAGCAAGGAUUGCAGAACGAGAGGCUGUCGCCCUCCAGAAGAAAAAUAUGAGUUAUCAGCUACUGUCGGACAGUGAAGAAGAAGAAGUGGCACCCCCUGUGAAGAAAAUGAAGCAGCAGAACUUGAGACGGCGGAAAAAAGAUGAUAGUGAGAGUGAAGAGGAGGCUGCGGUCACAUUCAGGAAGCCUGAGAAGAAAUUGAAAAAGGAGAUUAAGAAGGCCGAAUCGGAUUCGGACAGCGAUGUGAUGGAAAAGGAACGAGAGGAAGACCUGAAAGAACGUGACGAGUUUGCCAAGAGAAUGUUAGAUAAGGAUAAAGAGAAGACAAGGAAUGUUGUGUCCAGAUCAGAUAAAAAGGCUUACGAGGAAGCUAAGAAAAGAUUGCAGUUGGAGUCGGAAGAUCGAAAGAAGAUCAUUCCACAGAUCAGGAAGGAGUCUCGUCGAGAAUACAUGAAGAAAAGACGAGAAGCAAAGUUAGAUGAUCUGGAAAUGGCCGUCAAGGACGAAGAAUAUUUAUUUUCUGAAACCAGUCUCACAGAACGCGAGAAGAAAGACUAUGAAUACAAAAAGAAGGUGUUAAACUUGGCAAAAGAACAUCGCAAGAUAAAGGACAUGGAGAAGGUUGAUAGAUACUACAUGCCCAAAGAUGACGUGAAACCGUCCGAGGGACAUUAUGUUGAAGAGAAAGCGACAACGUCUGAACAGAAACAGUGGGAAGAGGAACAUCUCCAUUCAGCGAUUAUGAAGUUCGGUGCUCGGGAUGCAAAGGAGAAAAAUAAGGCAAAAGAAUACGACUAUCUAAUGGAUGAAGAGAUCGAGUUCGUUCAGGCGUUACAGAUGCCAGGAACACGACCAGAAGAGGAUGACAAACCUAAGUUAUCAGCUGCAGAUCUGAAAAAGAUGUCUAUCCAGGAGACGCGGAAAAGUUUACCAAUUUACCCUUUUCGGCACGAUCUCUUGGAGGCGAUUAAGGAGCAUCAAGUGCUCAUCAUUGAGGGAGAGACAGGUUCGGGGAAAACAACGCAGAUACCGCAAUUUCUCUUUGAAGCCGGUUAUUGUGAAAAUGGGAUGCGAAUUGGCUGCACUCAGCCAAGGAGAGUGGCUGCCAUGUCUGUAGCGGCCCGUGUGGCCGAGGAAAUGGGUUUCAAGUUGGGCAAUGAGGUUGGAUACAGCAUACGAUUUGAAGACUGCACAUCGGAACGAACCAUCCUGAAAUACAUGACAGACGGUAUGCUACUGCGGGAAUUCCUCGGCGAGCCUGAUUUGGCGAGCUACAGCGUCAUGAUCAUCGACGAGGCUCACGAGCGUACUCUCCACACUGAUGUCCUGUUUGGUCUGGUGAAAGACAUCUCACGGUUUCGUCCCGAUCUGAAACUGUUGAUUUCAAGUGCGACUUUGGACGCGGAGAAAUUCUCUGAGUUCUUCGACGGUGCUCCAAUUUUCCGCAUCCCUGGUCGACGUUUCCCGGUAAAUAUCUACUACACCAAGGCACCGGAAGCCGACUACCUUGACGCGGCUGUGGUGUCUGUCCUGCAGAUUCACCUGACGCAGCCACUCGGUGAUAUCCUCGUCUUCCUCACCGGUCAGGAGGAAAUUGAGACAGCUAAUGAAAUGCUACUGGAGCGGACACGAAAGCUUGGAUCAAAAAUCAAGGAACCGAUUAUACUUCCGAUCUAUUCAACACUUCCGUCAGAUCUUCAGGGAAAGAUAUUUGAACCAACUCCCCCUGGUGCUAGAAAGAUUAUCCUUGGAACAAACAUCGCUGAGACGUCCCUGACCAUUGAUGGUAUCAUUUACGUGAUUGACCCAGGGUUUUGUAAACAGAAAAGUUACAAUGCAAGGACAGGAAUGGAGUCAUUGGUUGUCACGCCUAUAUCCAAGGCCUCAGCCAAUCAGAGGGCAGGAAGAGCAGGACGUGUCGCGGCAGGAAAAUGUUUCCGGCUGUACACCGCCUGGGCGUACAAAAACGAACUCGAAGAUAACACCGUGCCAGAAAUUCAGCGGACGAACCUCGGGAAUGUUGUGCUACUUUUGAAAAGUCUUGGUAUAAAUGAUUUGAUCCAUUUUGAUUUCAUGGAUCCACCGCCCCACGAGACGCUCGUCAUGGCGUUGGAGCAGUUGUACGCCCUUGGGGCGCUGAAUCAUCUCGGGGAGCUGACCAAGAUGGGACGACGGAUGGCUGAGUUUCCUGUUGAUCCCAUGCUGUCCAAGAUGAUUUUGGCUUCAGAAAAGUACAAAUGUUCGGAAGAGAUUCUGUCCAUCACCGCCAUGUUAUCCGUCAACAACGCCAUCUUUUAUCGACCGAAAGACAAGGUCAUCCACGCAGACACCGCCCGCCAAAACUUCUUCCGUCCUGGUGGUGACCAUUUAACGUUAUUAAACGUUUAUAACCAGUGGGUGGAGACGGACUUUUCAACGCAGUGGUGCUACGAGAACUUCAUCCAGCAUCGGUCGAUGAAGCGGGCACGGGACGUCAGGGAGCAGCUGGAGGGACUGAUGGAGCGAGUUGAGAUUGAAUUGAGCACUAAUACCGAGGAUACUAUCGGCAUACGAAAGGCUGUAACAGCAGGUUUCUUCUACCACACUGCUCGCCUGAGUAAAUCGGGUCACUACAAGACCGUUAAACAUCAACAGACUGUCCAAGUCCAUCCCAAUAGUAGUAUGUUUGAAGAGCGACCGCGGUGGCUCAUUUACCACGAACUUGUGUUCACAACAAAGGAGUUCAUGAGACAGGUGAUUGAGAUUGAAAACAGUUGGCUGCUUGAGGUCGCUCCACAUUAUUAUAAACAGAAGGACUUGGAGGAUGGAUCACGUAAAAAGAUGCCGAAAAAUACUGGGAAGGCCAGGGAGGAUGUCACGAGAACGUAUUGAGGGAUUGGAGAAAUACUUGUUCCUUGAAUUUUGCAUUUAUAUUUGGUCACUCAUGUGGAUAUGCAGCUCAGGGUAACCUGUUGUGGAUAUGCAGCUGAAGGUUUCCUGUUGUGGGCUAAGAUACUCAGUCAUAAAUGUACAUUGGCUGUAGCAGACAGGACAGGAUAGACACUGUGAGACAGUUUUCAUAACUUUUGGAAGUGCUGAAGAAACUUAUGGGAUCUAAUGAAGUCAAUGAAGUGUAUGAUCAUGCGUACACACUUCAGUCAUUUGUAUAUAUUUGUGAAUA